AUGAACGCCAGAGGCCUCAGGUUGCUGCUGAAGGGCAACAUUCCAGUUACAGAGAGAGCCCUGGCUAGUGGGUCUUUCAGGAGCCAUGAUCUGCUCCAGAAAGGAUUUUGUUGUGUGAAAAAUGGACUCUUGCCCAGUCACCAUUUUGAAUUACCAGAAAAAACAAACAAACAAACAAAAACAAAACAAAACAAACAAACAAAAACUUUUCAGUUCAACCAAGACAAGAUGAACUUCUCCAGCACAAGAGGCCUCCAGGCUCUGUUUGCUCCCCUAAAGUUGCAGAUGGAAUUCAAGGCAGUGCAGCAGGUUCAGCGUCUUCUAUUUCUUCCAGGCUCACACCUCUCACUGGAUAUUUUUAGGGGCAAUGAUGAGACCAUUGGUUUUGAGGAUGUUCUUAACAAUCCAUCCCAAAGUGAGCUGAUGGGCGAGCCACACUUGGUGGGCUUGCUGUACUCCACGACUCUGCGCAGGGAUGACAGGAGUGCUUCGUAG